GAGUUACUAUAACAAUGUUUCCUAAUGACUUUGAAGAGCAGAAAUAAGUUGCACUUCACUCUCCUUAACCACAGAGGUUCUAAUUUCAGACGUAUACACCUGUGAACAUACUCCACUUGUUGGUCGAACCCUAUUAUGCGGUUCGUGAGGAAUUUGUGGAUACUUUCGAUUUUUUCUGUCUACAGACCUAAGAUUGCUAAAUAAGAGAGCACAAUAUUCAAGUUUGGGACGGAUACAUGUCCUUGGGCGUAUACGUUAUGCAGUACAAAGCCAGUAAGUCGUUGCAGUCUUGAUCGGAUUAGGUUAAAUCUGAGUGUGUUAUCCCAAGAUCUGUGACUAUGUUCGGUUUUGAGAAGGGCUUUUUUUCCUUCACUUUCUCCAGUGGAACAUAGGGCUUCAAGCUAGUGGCUUGGUAGGCGAGCGUCCUAAUUGCUAUGCCGCAGACGCACACAACGGGUGAGAAGGGUUUACCGUACAUAUAUAGGCACAUUCUCGGUUUCCAGUGUUCAAGGUGGGCUAUACCUCACUUGUCUGGAUUGAAAGUCAGUUGUCACUUUUCUCUCUAAUCGCCUAGAUUGUUUAAGCCAUGUUGGAUCUUGUUUUUGACGCUCAUUUCAUUGUAUCCAUAAUCGUAUACUAUCUUGAGAUCAUCUGCAAAUAGGUAUCGCUUUCCAUACUUCAUCACAGAGACUGUAAAUAAUGAAUAAGAGGGAUAGGAUAGGGCAAAGAACGGCAUUGACGGUUUACGAGACGUGGCUGACACACGCCCUACCGCGGGAAUUCAGCAAGUGCGUAACUUCACAGAUGUUGAGUUCCGAGGUAAGUAACUCGUACGAGUUGCUCAAAGCAUCCCUCCUCAGGAGAAACGUUCUCACGGAUCGACAACGUCUGGACGAAUUAUUUCGUAACAUCGAGUUAGGGGAUCAGUCAGCCGUGAGCAUGCUGACAAGAAUGAGAGAGGUUAUUAGCCAAAGUCAGUUCGAUGAAGGACUUUUUAGAGAACUCUUCUUAUCCAAGCUGCCAGAGUCCGUUCAGAUUGUACUUGUGACACUUCAGGGUGUUCUUAUGGAUGACUCAGCUAUUUCUGCAGAUAAGAUUCUAGAAAUAACUAAACGGUCAUUUCCCGAAAUAUGCUCAAUGACUAAGCAGACUUCGAGCAAGGAUACUGCAAUGAUAGAGUUAUGCAACUCCAUCCUUCUAACUCCGAUCGUCGUCCUAAAUCUCCUCAACACCGAAACUCACGCGGGUCGAUCUAAGUCCAAGCAACGUUCACUAAACAACCCUGACUGGUGUUGGUACCACAACACCUAUGGCGAAGAAGCGAAGUGUUGCCGUAAGCCUUGUAACUUCGGAAAUGUCCCAAAGUCUGUGGAAAACUAUCCCACCGGCACGCGUUAGCGGCAACCGUCACCGGUGGCACUAGCCGCCUGCUUUACAUCCAUGAUGUGAUUAGCCGGACUCGAUAUUUAGUCGACACAGGCGCCGAAGUCAGCGUCCUUCCUGCUACAGCAGCAGAUUGACAGAAGGAACCUACCUUCAACUUACAGGCUGCAAAUGGAAAACCAAUCGCAACCUUUGGUAGGAAACACGUCUAUCUGAACGUAGGUUUACGCAAACCUAUUCGGUGAAUUUUCCUUCUCGCUGACGUCACAAUGCCCAUCAUUGACACGGACCUACUUAAUCAUCAUGAUUUACUCGUAGACGUCCGCCGAAAACGACUGAUUGACAAUAUUACUAGUCUGUCCAUCAAAGGCAUCACAUACAUAGGCCCCAGUUUGUCACCCGUUAAGAUAAAGGCAAUCCUUGAUCCAACUUUUCAACCUAUUGUUGACAAAUAUCCGGAACUUAACUGCCCGUCGAACGACCUACCGUGCAUAACCAGCAAUGUUAUGCACCACAUCAUUACCACAGGACAACCUGUGACAUCUAAAGCACGACGACUGGCUCCUGACAAACUGAGAAUCGCUAGGAAUGAAUUUGACCAUAUGCUUAGCCUUGGCAUCAUUCGACCUUCGAAUAGCCCAUGGGCAUCCCCACUUUAUAUGGUUCCGAAAAAGGAUAGCAAUGAUUGGCGACCCACCGGUGAUUACCGGCGAGUGAAUGCCAAAACAACCCCUGAUUGCUACCCGUUGCCUCAUAUACACGACUUGACGGCAACCUUAUCUGGCGCAACUAUAUUCUCCAAAAUCGACUUGGUUAAAGCGUAUAACCAAAUCCCGAUGGCAACAGAAGAUAUCCCGAAAACGGCUAUCAUUACGCCUUUCGGACUUUUUGAAUUUCUACGUAUGCCAUUCGGUCUCCGGAAUGCAGCCCAAACAUUCCAACGCUUCAUUCAUGAAGUAUUUCGCGGUCUCGACUUUGUAUACGCAUACUUAGACGACUGCCUCAUUGCCAGUCCAGACAAGGAAACUCACCUUAGACACUUGGACUUGGCAUUUGAAAGGUUACGCCAACAUUGUGUUACCAUUAAUAUUCAAAAGUGUCAAAUCGGUGUUGACUCACUCGACUUUCUGGGUCACACUAUUGACUGCAAGGGCAUUCGCCCACUGGCUACUAAGGUCGAGGCUAUACUGAACUUUCCAGAGCCACAGACGGUGAAAAGUCUCCGCACUUUUAACGGCUUAGUAAGUUAUUAUCGACGCUUUAUUCCCAACUGUGCCUCUUUGAUUCAGCCAUUGACAGACCUUCUUCGAGGGAAUAACAAGUCCAUAGAACUUGACGCGUCUGCUCGAAAUGCUUUUACCCAGAUUAAAAAAGCCAUUGCGAAUGCCACACUUCUGAUGUAUCAGGAUCCAACGGCACCGUUAAGUAUCUCGGUUGAUGCAUCAAACACUGCAAUCGGCGCAGUUCUACAACAGCUAGUUGACAAAGAGUGGCAACCACUCGCCUUUUUCUCGAGACGCCUUCAAUUAGCUGAAACGAAGUACAGCACAUUCGGCAGAGAACUUCUGGCUAUGUACUGUGCUAUACGACAUUUUCGACAUUCGGUAGAGGGUCGUGAAUUCAUAAUUUUUACUGAUCACAAACCUCUGACGUACUCUCUGAACUCACCUUCAGAUAAGUAUUCACCCAGGGAAUCACGACAACUGGAUUACGUCUCACAGUUUACAUCAGAUAUUCGCCAUGUAUCCGGAGUAAACAACACUGUGGCAGAUGCCUUGUCGCGCGUUUGUUCCCUCACCCAAAUCGACGGCAUAGACCUUGUAAAACUGGCUCGUCUUCAAAAAGAAGAUACCGAGCUUCAACAUGAGUUGUCGAAAACAACCCUACAAUUAGCUGAGAAACCCUUAGGUAUGGGAAGAGAUACUAUUCUAUGCGACAUUUCCACGAGUACUCCUCGCCCCAUCGUGCCUAAAAGUUAUCGCCGUAACGUCUUCAAUACGUUGCAUGGCUUAUCUCACCCAGGUAUUCGAACUACUGUCAAGCUCGUAACUAGUCGGUUUUGUUGGCCUGGCAUUAAUAAAGAAGUAAGGGAAUGGGCACACAUGUGCUUAGCUUGUCAAAAGUGCAAGGUGAUAAGACACACCAAAAGCCCACUUGGCACCUUUCUUCUCCCUGACGCUCGUUUUGAACACGUCCAUAUAGAUUUGGUUGGACCCCUUCCUGAAUCCCAUGGAUGUACCUAUAUUUUAACUUGCAUCGAUCGAUUCACACGAUGGCCGGAAGCAGUACCCAUCAAGGACGUAUCUGCUGAAACAGUCGCACGCGUCUUUGUAGAAAGAUGGAUCGCUAACUUUGGAUGCCCAUCUUCCAUAACAACUGAUCGCGGGCGGCAAUUCGAAAGUGGCUUAUUCUUCGCCCUGACUAAAAUCAUAGGUUGCAUGCGUUUUCGAACAACAGCCUACCAUCCUCAAGCUAAUGGUAUGGUAGAACGUCUACACAGACAGCUGAAAGCUGGUCUGUCAGCUGCAAACAACACCCAUUGGACUGAAUCCCUUCCGUUAGUUCUCCUAGGGAUACGAAACGCCUUGAAAACCGAUGCUGGUUGUACUAGCGCCGAGCUAGUAUAUGGCACGACACUACGACUGCCUGGUGAAUUGUUUCUCCCUCGAGCUUCCCACCAGUGGUAGAUCACGCUUCAUACGUCAGCAGGCUUACAAACGCAAUGCGUUCAGUUAAACCUGCUCCCCUUCGUCCACAGUCCAUUGAUGUUUUUGUUCAUCCAUGUUUGAAAAAUUCUUCACAUAUAUUUGUUCGUCGCGACUCUGUGCGCAGACCUCUGGAACCCCCAUACGACGGACCUUAUAAAGUAAUUAAACGUUAGGAUAAAUUCUUUGUCUUGGAUAGAAAAGGCCGCGAGGACACCGUCAGCAUUGACCGUCUGAAACCGGCUUACUUGGAGGGUAAUCCUAUUAGCAUAGAGCUCAACGUACCCCAAAAUCCACAAGUAACAGAAGAUCGUUUAGACAUCGAUGAAGUCACUAGCACAGCGACAGCUACCGAAUCUUCUGUCGAGCCUCCUAAGAAAACCCGUUCUGGACGUACCGUAAGGUUCCCAGAAUAUCUUCACACUUAUUUAACAUAACGAAGUCGUGUGAUUCACCCAACUCAUUCGUUUGUGGUACUAACUAUUUUUUUAGACGUAUCAAUUUUUUUAUAUACAGUAUCACUAAACACAAGUAAAAUUUUUUCUUCAACAGUACAUGUAAUAUGCACAAAAAAUUAAUUAGAUGUAUUUUUUUCGAUGUUCUGAACUUGGCAUUAUUCUAAUAUAUAGUAAAUGUACAUCAUUUUUUUAAACAAAAAAAGCUGACUUGGUAC